AGACUGUUAACUGACGAUGUCACCUCUUGCCAUAACCUCCAAUUAGCAAACUACCCUUUUCUCUUCUUUCUUCUUCUUUUUGGCUUUACAGCCACCAACUCCACCGAAGCACACGCGCCAGUAACUGCGUCUUGUGCUCUGAAAAGCGCUCUGUCUCUCUCUCUCUUUCUCAAGUGCUCCCUCCUUCCACUCGGUUCCUUUAAGGUUCCUACAGUUUCCCACAAGACAAGCACACACAAACACCCAACUCUGCCUCGGUCUCCGUGCAAGGUAAUAUGAGUCGUCUCGCUCCGGUUUCUGAAGAGCCCAUCGACGAGGAGAGCAUCAGGAGCUGCUCCAAGAGAGGCCGGUCAUGGAGGCACUGGCUCAGGACCCACCUGUCAUUCGCGUUCAACAAGAACACCAAUCACCUCAAGGUCCUCCUCAGCGUCCUGGGUUGCCCUCUUUUCCCCGUCUCCGUCCAUCAAAGGACGCCAGUCAAUGAGGUGUCAUCCUCAGCACAGUACAUCGUACAGCAUUUUACGGCCGCUACAGGCUGCCGGAAGCUGGAUGGGCACGUGAAGAACGUGUUCGUCACAGGAAAAGUCACGAUGGCGAUGACAGAGGAGGUUGGACCAAGCGGAGCAGCAGCGGGCGCCACUGCUGCCAUGGCGAGCAGCGUUUCACAGCAAAAGGGAUGCUUCGUGAUGUGGCAAAUGUUGCCCGACAAGUGGCUCAUAGAGCUGGUGUUGGGCGACCAGAAGGUCGUGGCUGGCAGCAAUGGCAGCGUGGCUUGGCGGCACACGCCGUGGCUCGGCGCACACACCGCGAAGGGCAGUGUCCGACCUCUCCGGCGAGCUCUUCAGGGACUAGAUCCGGUAACGAUAGCAGCCGUAUUCUCUACGUCGGAAUACAUGGGAGAGAAGAAGAUCGGGGAUGUGGAUUGCUUCGUCCUCAAACUGUCUGCAGAUCAGGCGGACUUGUCCGACCGGAGCGACAGCACAGCGGAGACGAUCAAGCACGUCGCUUUCGGGUACUUCAGCCAAAAGAAUGGACUCUUGGUGUACUUAGAGGACUCUUAUUUGACAAGGAUACAAUCCCCCGGGACACGCCCCAUGUACUGGGAGACCUCGAUGGCCACUCAGAUCCGGGACUACCGUGAAGUGGAUGGCGUUAUGAUCGCUCACUCAGGCCAAUCGAGUGCGAUCAUCACGCGAUUUGGAGAUGGUCGUCUACGAGCAGGCCCGGAAAUCACUCGGUUGGAAGAAACGUGGAUCAUCGAUGAUUUCGCAUUCAACGUGCCUGGUCUGUCUGUGGACAGCUUCAUUCCACCAAAGGAUGUGAGGAAGGACCAUUUUCCAUUAGAUGAUGAUUGGAAAUCAGCAUUAGACUGAUACAUAUGUUUUUUCCGUUGAGUGUUAAAGAGGGAAGGUGCGCCUCAUUCAGAGUCACCGGCUGACAAAAUUGAACGUCGCUAAUUCAUUUUGGGCCUUUGUGAGUAUAGUGAUUAUGUACAAAACUGCUUCCAAAGCCUUUUUUGUGGUCCUAUUUUGGUACGGACCAAAAUCUUAAAGCAGAUUUAUAAGAUCGCUAGCUCUUAAGCAGAUA